AUGCCCAAGGGAUCAACUCCAAUGACGCCGUCAGAUGCGGCUCGCAUCCAGUCGUCCCAGGCCAAGAACGGUGGGGAUAUGUCGUCCGGCGGGUUCACAGCUCGAGCUCAGUCCGCUGCGGCUCACAAUGCCAACUCUGGACAUUCUCAGCUCGGCGGUCAACACUCUGGCACCAACCAGGGUAGUCAGGGUGCUGGACAUGGCGGCAAAGGUUCCAAGUAA